UGUGAGCAUGAACGUGGGCCGGGCCGAGCCCGUCCUGCAGGACACUCCCUCCCCAGAACCAGACUUUCCCUCCGACUCCAGUGUUUCACAAACAGCGACUCUCUGCAGGCACACGGCCCGUUUGGAGACAGAGUGAAGGGAUCAUGGCAGAGGAAGUGGAGAGAGGGGCCCCCGAGGAAGAGCCGGGGCAGGACAAACGGACCCCCGAGGAGGGGGCCCUGCCGCGGGGGAAGUGGAAGAACAAGAUGGAAUUCAUCUUCUCCAUGGCUGGGGAGAUAAUCGGCCUGGGAAACGUGUGGCGUUUCCCUUACCUGUGCUACAAGAACGGAGGAGGUGUGUUCCUCAUCCCCUACCUGAUAUUCCUCUUCUGCUGCGGCAUCCCCGUGUUCUUCCUGGAGACGGCGCUGGGCCAGUACACCAGCGAGGGGGGGGUGACGGCCUGGAGGAAGAUCUGUCCCAUGUUUCAGGGGGUGGGCUUCGCCUCCCAAGUGAUCGUGGUGUAUCUGAACAUCUACUACAUCGUGAUCUUGGCCUGGGCCGUCUUCUACCUGGGGAACUCCUUCGUCAGCCCGCUGCCGUGGUCCUCGUGUGAGAACUGGUGGAACUCCGAAUCGUGUCACGGCCGCAUCGGCUCCUUCGCCAACCCGGGGCUGUUUCGUCUCGACUCCAACUGGUCCUUCCUGAACAACAUGAGCACGGACGACUUCUCCGGCUACGGCGGCAACUUUUCGUUUUUCACCUCGAAGUCACCGGAGGAGGAGUUCUGGACAAACCGUGUGCUGGGCGUGUCGCAUGGCAUGACCCUGGGGAAGGUGCACUGGGACCUGGCGCUGUGCCUGCUGGUGUGCUGGGUGCUCUGCUACUUCUGCAUCUGGAAGGGCAUCAGAACCACCGGGAAGGUUGUUUACUUCACCGCCACCUUCCCCUACCUGAUGCUCCUCAUCCUCUUCUUCCGCGGAGUGACGCUCCCCGGAGCCGCAGAGGGCCUCAGAUAUUACCUCAGCCCCGACUUCUACAAGCUCGCCGACCCACACGUGUGGCUGGACGCGGGAACGCAGGUGUUCUUCUCCUACGCCGUGUGUCAGGGAGUCCUGACGGCUCUGGGGAGCUACAACAAAUACAACAACGACUGCUACAAGGACUGCCUGUUGCUCUGCUGCCUCAACAGCGCCACCAGCAUCUUCGCAGGAUUCGUGGUUUUCUCCGUCCUCGGGUUCAUGGCCUACGACCUCAACCUGGACAUCGCUGAGGUCACGUCCAGCGGUCCCGGCCUUUUCUUCGUGGCCUAUCCGAAGGCGCUGUCGCUGCUUCCCGGCUCGUCCUUCUGGGCCGUGCUCUUCUUCCUCAUGGUCCUGUUUCUGGGCCUCGACAGCCAGUUCGUGUGCGUGGAGAGUCUGGCCACCGCCAUCACCGACCUGUUCCCGGCUCGUCUGAGGAGGCCGGGGGCCCGAGAGAUCCUGGUCCUGGUCAUCGCUGUCGUCUGCUUCCUGUUGGGGCUCCCCUUCAUUACCGAUGGGGGGAUCGUCCUCUUCACCCUGAUGGACUCGUACGGUCCCGCUGGAAACAGCCUGCUGGUCAUCGCUUGUGCGGAGACCAUGGUUGUUGCCUGGGUAUAUGGUGCGGACCGUUUCUAUGACAACAUCGAGGACAUGAUCGGAUACCGGCCGAUACCGGUGCUCAAGUACUGCUGGCUGUUCGUCACGCCGCUCAUCUGCUGGCUGACGCUGCUCUACUGCAUGAUCCAAACAAGACCUUUCCCUGUUUUUGGCUACACACCUGGCGCCGGGGACCUCUGUCUGGCCAGCCUGCUGGUCGCCACUCCACUCCUGUGCAUCCCAGCAUUCAUCUUGAUCACACUAUGCAGGGAUCCUGACAACAUGACCACGACGUCCAAAGACCUCCGACAGGUUCGGCCGAAUAAACCAGCACUAAAGUUGUGCAACUUCGUCAUCAUCAAGGGGGGCGGCGCCCGGACGAGGGGCAAGGACGAAGGAAAGGUGACCGUGGAGGAAACCAGUCCGGUUUGAUGGUUGCUGAAAACAUAUUACAGUUUUUUUUUUACGAAUGUUUACAUGUUUCCAUAAUCUUCAGGGAGAUUUGAUCAUUUUUAUUUGUUUUUUAUUAACUUGAGUGAUAAAUGAUGAUACCGGUGCAUUGUACAUUUAUUUGUAUACGU